AUGCAUUCUAUCUUAAAAAAUGAUACUUCGAAAAUUUAUAAAGAGUAUCAUCCUCAUUUUGGUGAUUUGCCUUUUAAACUUAAUACAUAUUUCAAAUGCCGAGAUACCACCUUCUUAGAAUGUAAUGGUAUUAAUUUUGUCAUUUAUACUGCAUUAAGUGAGUCCGUAGCCGCCGAAAAUUCUUCUUCAUAUUUUUCUCUUAUUGAUGAAUUUUUAGGACGAGGCUUAAUUUCCUCAAAUAUAAUUUCAGAUCAGGACUUAUAUAACCAAGCUUUAGAUGUAAUUAAAUCAGGGCAAUAUUUGUCAUUGCCGACCUCAAUAUCACUUUUCGAAUUUGCACUUUCUCUACAUACCAAAGCGCCAGCGAUUCAAGCAUACUAUCAUUAUUAUAAUGCAACUGUAGUACCAAGUACAAAAGAUUAUAUUGAAAACCACGAACAUAUGAAGUUUGAUUCAGACUGUGAUGUUUGGGUUAAUUGGUAUAGCAAGCAAGCUUGUAGUAUUGAAGAAUUUAAAAAGCUCACGGGAAUUAACGAUGAUAAUAAAUUCAACAUGGAUAUUAAUAUUGAAAGUGAUGCACCGUUUCCAAAGCUUUUACCCUUUGAUCAUAUUCUACAAUAUAAUGAAAUCACACCUACAGCUAUUUUAUACGCUGAUUUACUUUCACAGAAUUUUUCGACUUUUCAUAAAUUCUUGUCUGAUUUGGCCAAAAACGGAGUUAUAAGCUAUGUUUUGCGAUAUAGACCACCUAAAGAAAAUUGCGACGCAUUAUAUCUAUCUGGAUAUGGUGUGGAAUUGGCUUUGAAAAACACUGAUUAUAUUGUAAUAGAUGAUCGUAAGGUAGAAACAGGUGAUGCGAACGAAAGUGACGAAAGUGUUAACCAAGAACCAGCGCUACAAGAAAAACCAUCAAUUGAUCAUUUAUUUGAUCAGCAAAUAUCCGAAAUAAGACCUUUGAAAUAUGGCGAAAUCAAAGCUACACAAUUUGUUUUGGAGGCCCAGAAUCCAUUAUUAGCACUUUCACAACUAUCACAAGAUUUUCCAAAAUAUUCUGUCCCUAUUUCACAAAUUACAUUAAAUUCUUCAUUUGAAGCAGAAAUUCUAUUCAACCAGCGAUAUAAUACAGGUUUAGAAAGAAAUUCUAUUUGGAUAAAUGGACUAAAUAUAGAUACAAGUUCUGUUAAUCCAUUUAGUUUAUUGAAGACAUUGCAUCGAGAAAGACAAAUUAUAUUAUCUCUCAAAAGCCUUGGUUUGAGUUUGCAACAGUCUUUGGAGUUACUCGCGUCUCCCAUAAUUGUAGAAUCAAAAUCUUCUCAAGAACUUUUUAGAGGUGUUUUUGAUGUACGCGAUAAGUCUGAAAAAGAACAUGUGGUUGUAUGGUUAAAUGAUUUAGAAAAAGACGAACGAUACGCUCACUGGCCUAGUCGUAUUAUUGAGCUGCUUCGUCCUGUCUAUCCAGGACAAAUGCGGUAUAUACGCAGGAAUUUAUUUUCUGUCUUGUUUGUCCUUGACCUCUCUUCAGUGGGUAGUCUUAAAAUUAUUACCGAAUAUGUCAACAUGAUAAUAGCUCGAGAAAUUCCUAUCCGGUUUGGUGUUGUUCCUAUGUUUUCUGAUGAUCAAUCAAAUUCGCGAAUAUUUUACUAUCUUGUGGAUCAAUAUUCUACAUCGUUUGCUAUGAAUUUUCUUACCCAAAUUUAUUCUGAAAUCCAUAAAUCACCAAAAGAUUUUGAUGAAAUAAUUAAAAAAACAUAUAAAAAUAUAGUUGAUGAAAACAAGUUAGAUGACAAAAAAGACCAUAGUACCUUUGAAGAUAUAAUCAAAUCAGAUGAAUCUCCAGUUAGUGAACAAAUGAAGGGUGCAGCCGAGUUCAUUCGACGAUUCCAAAUAAGCCCAAAAAGCAAUGGUGUUUUCUUCGUAAAUGGGAAAUAUUUUGAUAUGGAUGAGAACUAUCAACGUAAUAUGAUUCAAAUGAUCAGCGAAUAUACGGGAUUUUUGCAGCAAAAAGUUUAUGUAGGAGAAAUUAAAGAGGGCACCAAUAUUUAUGAUUAUUUCAUGUCUAUGCCCAAUGUUCCAGCCAGAAGGAAUUCGUAUAUUUUUGUAUCGGAUACUCAGCCUUUGAGAGUUGUUAAUUUAGUUAGCGAUAAAGAGGGAAAUAGUGUACCCAUUAACAAUUUAAGAUAUACCCAUUCUGAGAAUCAAACUGGGGAAGAAAUUUUCGUGACAAUACUAGUCGUUUCGGAUUUCAAUAAAGAAUAUGGCGUAAUGCAAGGAUUAGAAGCAUUAAAUUUUUUGUCUGUAUUUAGAGAGUUUUUGGAUAAAAUUUCAAUAGACAAAAAACAUGUUGAAGGUGGUAGUGAUAAAAACCAAAUUCCAAUCGGAGAAACUAUAAAUUCUGCAAUAUCAGCUGGAUGGCAAAUGAUCGAUAAUUUGAAAGCUGACAAAUAUUGGAAAGAUAUGAAACCAUUCAUUAAAAAUUUGCUAAAAUUAAAAAACGGAGAGACUGCUUUCAUCAUUGUUGGGCCUAUUAAUCCGGAAGAUUUGUUUACCAUUGAUGAUUUCGAACUAUUGACUGAUACUGAAUUUAUCGAACGCAUCAGUCCUGUUAUUGAGGCCGCAACCUCCGUAGUUUCCGUUUCUGGUGUGUCGGACGUUCCAGUUGGCCUCUUUGAUAACGAAGAUAAUAAACGUAAUCUCUUAUACCAAACUAUAAAGAGCGAUUAUGGUCGAAUAAAAAUUGGUCAGGAAGAAACUGCAACAUAUCACAUUGCCGCGGUUGUUGAUCCAUUAAGUCAGACAGCACAGAAAUUGUCAACAAUUUUGAUGACAUUAUCUCAAAUUGAGGGUGUGUACACUGAUGUGUACUUAUAUCCUCAAUUAAAUUUGAAAGAAUUACCAAUAAAGCGUUUCUAUCGAUAUGUUUUGGAGCCUCGGUUGACAUUUAACAUAACAACAGGUUCUCUUAUCCCGCCAACUGCUCAUUUUGCUCACCUUCCAGAAGAUCCGUUAUUAACUCUUGGAAUGGAUGUAAUUCAAUCAUGGCUAGUCGCACCAAAAGCAUCGAUACAUGAUUUGGAUAAUAUUCGUCUGGCCAACUUAGAUAGUCGAUCUAGGGUUAAAGGAGUAGAUGCACUCUUUGAAUUAAAAAAUAUUCUUGUAGAAGGACAUGCAUUUGAUAUUACCUCAAGUGCACCACCCAGUGGCCUUCAACUUCUGCUUGGUACUAGUAAUUAUCCUGAGAUGGUUGAUACAAUUGUGAUGGCUAAUUUUGGAUAUUUACAAUUAAAAGCAAAUCCUGGCGUCUGGACACUCACUUUAAGAGAGGGAAGGUCAAAAGAAAUAUAUGAUAUCCUAAGUGUUGGUAGCGAAGGAUGGUUUAGUCGUACCGUUAAUGAGACUGGUAAUGAAAUAGUUUUAAACAGCUUUGAAGGGUUGAUAAUUUAUCCUCGUUUGGUACGUAAACCGGGAAAAGAAAAUGAAGAUAUUUAUAAGGAUGACGCAAGUGAUAGUAUUUGGGAUUACUUCAGGUUCACAUCGAAACAAGAUAUUCCUAAACAAAACAAAGCUGAUAUAAAUAUAUUUUCUGUGGCAUCCGGACACCUUUACGAAAGGUUCUUGUCUGUAAUGAUUCUUAGCGAUUUUAUACCACACAUGGCUAGAGAAUAUGGUUUUGAAUACGAGCUUGUCACGUAUAAGUGGCCGCAUUGGCUGCGUGGUCAGACAGAGAAGCAACGAACGAUAUGGGGAUAUAAAAUUUUGUUUCUUGAUGUUCUUUUUCCUCUAAGCCUGGACAAAGUUAUAUUUGUUGACGCUGAUCAAAUUGUCCGAACUGAUCUCAAGGAAUUAGUUGAUAUGGAUUUAGAUGGCGCACCAUAUGGAUAUACUCCAUUCUGUGAUAAUAGACCAGAAAUGGAUGGGUUUAGAUUUUGGAAGUCUGGAUACUGGAGUGAUCAUUUGAAAGGAAAACCAUAUCAUAUUAGUGCUUUAUAUGUGGUUGAUUUGCAAAGAUUUCGUCAUAUGGCUGCUGGAGAUAAAAUACGUGGUCAAUAUCAGUAUCUUAGUGCAGAUCCAAAUUCUUUGUCGAAUUUAGAUCAAGAUUUGCCAAAUAACAUACAGCAAAUUGUUCCAAUAUUUUCUUUGCCACAAGAAUGGUUAUGGGCAAAGCGUCAAAUUCCCGAAUGGGAGUCUUAUGACAACGAAGUGGCUGCUUUAGCGGCAAGGAUUGCGCAGCAAAAGGUUCCAAUAUCAGACAAUCAGCAAAGUAUACCAGAAAAAACUGGUUCACGAAAAACGGAGCCAACCACCUCUAUAAUAGCAGCGCCUGUUACUCCCCAUGAUGAGUUAUAA